AUGACUGGAUCAAAUGAAUUUAAGCUGAACCAACCACCAGAAGAUGGAAUCUCAUCAGUGAAAUUCAACCCAAACACCUCUCAGUUUCUGCUAGUUUCUUCUUGGGAUACAACUGUUCGAUUGUAUGAUGUUCCUGCUAAUACAAUGAGACUCAAAUAUCAACACACUGGAGCAGUACUUGACUGUGCUUUUUAUGACCCAACACAUGCCUGGAGUGGAGGAUUAGAUCGGCAGCUGAAAAUGCAUGACUUGAACACUGAUCAAGGUGGCUCUGAUGGCUUUGUCAAUAUUUGGGAUCCGUUCAACAAAAAAAGACUCUGCCAAUUUCACCGGUACCCUACCAGUAUAGCUUCACUAGCUUUCAGUAUUGAUGGGACUACUCUUGCAAUAGCAUCCUCAUAUAUGUAUGAAAUGGAUGACAUUGAACAUCCUGAAGAUGGUAUCUACAUUCGCCAAGUGACUGACGCAGAGACAAAACCCAAGUCAACUUAAUCUUGAUCAAAAACCUACUACUAGCAAAACAAAUUAAUCCUUGGAUUAAAUGAAGAUGUUUCAAUGUUGGCAUAAUGUUUUCAUUGGGUAUAUUGUAAUGUUUUUUUUUUUUUUUAAAAAAAACCCCAUAGCCAAGAAUUGUUCUUUUUGUUCAUCUGACUUUGAAAUAUUCCUGUAAGCUAGUUCAUUCUUUUGAAAUGUGACAGUUGAAUUUUUGUAUAGAUUAA